AUUUCGAAGGUGGCAGAAAAAGAUGCAUUUUCUGCUCACUACUUUGAAGGUCGUCUAUGUGUUAAGCACCCCGAGGCCGCCCGAGGAUGAUGAAAACGAGACUUUGGAAACAAGCCGCCGCCGCAUAAAGUGGGACAACGACGACUACAUUUGUCGUGGGCAUAUUUUGAACGGUAUGUGUGAUUCUCUGUUUGAUGUGUAUCAAAAUGUUGAAUAUGCUAAAACGUUGUGGGAGUCCCUAGAAUCUAAGUACAUGACCGAGGAUGCUUCGAGUAAGAAAUUUCUCAUUAGUAACUUUAAUAGUUACAAAAUGGUUGAUUCCCGUCCGAUCAUGGAACAAUUUCAUGAAAUUCAACGUUUAUAUGAUCAACUUUUGAUACACAACAUGCAUGUCAAUGAAACCUUUGGUGUCGGUUCUAUAAUUGACAAAUUACCCCCUUCAUGGAAGGAAGUGAAAAAUAGCCUCAAACGUAAAAAGGAGGAUUUGUCAAUGGAGCAACUUGGUCGCCGACUUCAAAUUGAAGAAGGCAUUAAGUUGCGUGAAGGUGACAAUGGUAAAAAGAGCGACCUUCCAAUUUCCUCUAUAAAUAUUAUGGAGGAGGGACAGUCAAGUGGGACUAAGAAAUAUAAAAAACGUCCCGGGAAAUUCACCAAAGGUUCCAAGUUUCAAAAGAAGCCGAAAGAUAAGAAAGUAGGCUCUUGUUGGGAAUGUGGUGGUCCACACUUCAAGAAGGACUGCCCGAAGGUGAAGAAGAAAAAGGCCCAAUUGAAUGGUCAUCCUAACGGUGGCCAAGACAACCAAGGAUGAUGAAUCUUGGUGGAUUGACACCGGAGCCACAAGACAUGUAUGUAAAGAUAGGCAGACUUUUAAGACUCUAAAAGAGUUGGAAGAAGGGCCAAUCUUAUACAUGGGAAAUGAUUCUACUGUGCAAAUUCAAGGAAUUGGCCAAGUAGAGUUGGAAUUAACUUCCGGAAAGAAAUUAAUUCUUAAUGAUGUGUACUUUGUACCACAAAUCCGGAAAAAUCUUGUCUCCGGUGGCAUCCUAAAUAACUUUGGGUUUAAACUUAGCUUUGAAGCAAAUAAGUUUAUUUUAUCUAAGGGUGGUGUAUUUGUAGGCCAAGGUUUCUAUUGUAAUGGCAUGUUCAAACUAAGUGUUGCUAAUAAAGUAGUAAAUUCUGUUUA